UUUUUUAAGAAAAAGAAAUAUACACUUGAGUGGCAAUGCAAAAUCUAUCUUCAAGCACGAAACCCUUGCAAAAUCUCUCUUUAAAACAAGAGAAACAGAGUGAAGCAAAGCAAAUGCCCCAAAUCUCAAGUCUGCGCCUCCUGUUCUCUCCUCUAAAACCCUCUUUACCGUUCUGUCCCUCUAAACCAAAACCUUACUCUAUCUUCACUGUCCUCAGUUCCUCUUCUUCUAGUUCAUCAAAACGAUACCGCAUAGCUCCCAACAACCACCGGUCUUUCAGGUUUAGAACCAGAGAGAAUAGUACUUUCAGUAGUAGAGAGAAUAACAGUGAUAAUAAUAUUAAGAAGAAGAGUAAAGAAAGGGAUAAAAAACAGGUCCCAAUGGAAGAGAAUGGUAAUCAGUCUUUUGGGUAUAAUAAAAGAAGGGCUGAAGGUAGAGAUAAGAGUGAUAAAGCCAAAAGAAAUCUUCAGAUGAAAGUUAGAAAGCUCAAUCCUACUAAUACAAUUUCUUAUGUGCAAAUCCUAGGGACUGGAAUGGACACUCAGGAUACAUCACCUUCAGUUUUGCUUUUCUUUGACAAGCAAAGAUUCAUUUUUAAUGCUGGUGAGGGAUUACAGCGGUUCUGCACAGAGCAUAAGAUUAAGCUAUCAAAGAUAGAUCACAUCUUUCUCUCUCGUGUAUGCUCAGAAACAGCUGGUGGAAUUCCAGGUUUGUUGUUGACUUUGGCUGGCAUGGGAGAUGAAGGUAUGUCGGUCAAUAUAUGGGGCCCUUCAGAUCUUCAAUAUUUGGUUGAUGCUAUGAAGUCUUUCAUUCCUCAUGCUGCCAUGGUUCACACAACAAGCUUCGGUUCUGAUGCUACUGCUCAGUUUGGAGCAAGCAACUUUACAGAUCCCAUCAUCCUUGUUGACAAUGAGGUCGUCAAAAUAUCAGCCCUUCUCCUUCGACCAAGCUGUUCAAAAGGAUCUGCAGUAAAGCCUGGUGAUAUGUCAGUGAUAUAUCUCUGUGAAUUGCCUGAAAUUAUGGGGAAAUUUGACCCAGUAAAAGCAAAAGCUCUUGGUCUGAAUCCUGGACCAAAAUAUAGUGAACUGCAAUCAGGACAAACAGUGAAGUCAGAUCGCCAGAAUAUCAUGGUUCAUCCAAGUGAUGUAAUGGGUCCUUCAAUUCCUGGUCCAAUUGUAUUUCUAGUUGACUGCCCAACAGAAUCCCAUGUGGAGGAAUUAUUAUUCAUGCAAUUUCUUCAUAGUUACUAUGCAGAUUACUCAGGUAAUCAAUCAGAGAAUGAGAAAACUGUUACUUGUAUCAUUCAUUUAGGUCCUGCUUCUGUAAUAAGUAGCCCCAAUUACCAGAAGUGGAUGAAGAACUUUGGUUCAGCACAACACAUUAUGGCUGGAAACGAAAUGAAGAAUGUGGAAAUUCCAAUCCUUAAAUCCAGUGCAAGAAUUGCUGCGAGGCUUAAUUACCUGUGUCCUCAGUUUUUUCCAGCUCCAGGUAUCUGGUCACUUAAGCAGCUUAAAAGCUCAAAAGAAGACUACAUUUAUUCAGGCGAGGUCUGUGUCUCAAAGUCUGCUGGAAGGAUAUUGGCUGAAAAUCUUCUUAAGUUCACUUUGCGUCCUCAUGCUCAUCUUGGUCUGGACAAAUCCAAUAUUCCAAGUUUGAUGGCUCCCUCAGAAGUUAUUAAUGAGUUACUUACAGAACUUCCAGAAAUUGUAGAUGCUGCCCAGCAUGUCCGCCAGUUCUGGCACAGUUCUGGAGAAGUGAAAAGAGACAUAGCUUUUGGACAGGACAAUAAUGUUAUGAUUGAAGAACCAUGGCUAGGAGAGAAUAUAGUUCCUUCUUGUUUGGAGAACAUCAGGAGAGAUGAUAUGGAGAUUGUGCUUCUGGGAACAGGUUCAUCUCAGCCAUCUAAAUACCGAAAUGUUAGUUCUGUCUAUAUUAAUCUCUUCUCCAAAGGAGGUUUGCUUCUAGACUGUGGGGAAGGAACACUUGGACAACUGAAAAGAAGGUAUGGUGUGGAGGGUGCUGAUAGUGUCGUGAGAAAUCUAACGUGUAUCUGGAUAUCUCAUAUUCAUGCUGAUCACCAUACAGGAUUAGCAAGAAUACUUGCUCUACGACAUGAUUUGUUGAAGGGCAUGCCCCAUGAGCCAUUACUUGUUGUUGGGCCAAGGCAACUUAAGAGAUUUUUAGAUGCAUAUCAACAACUGGAGGACCUAGAUAUGCAGUUUCUUGAUUGUAGGAGCACCACUAGUGCUACAUGGGAAGCUUGUGAGGGCAAUAGUGAAUCAAAACUCGAUCACUCAGCUCCAGCAGAAGGUAGUCCAAAUAUUACUGAAAAUGUGAACAAAUCUACAGUAAAAACCGAGUCAACUUUGUUUGCUAGAGGUAGCCGAAUGCAAAGCUAUUGGAAAAGACCAGGAAAUCUGGUUGACAAUAAUGCUUUUGCACUUUUGAGCAAUUUGAAGAAAGUGCUCAAUGAUGCAGGGUUGGAGACUUUAAUUAGUUUCCCAGUUGUGCAUUGUCUUCAGGCAUUUGGCGUUGUGUUGACGGCAUCAGAGAGAAUAAAUUCUGUUGGAAAAGUUAUACCAGGGUGGAAGAUUGUGUACUCAGGUGACACUAGGCCCUGCCCAGAACUGGUAGAAGCGUCACAUGGAGCCACAGUCCUUGUACACGAGGCAACUUUUGAGGAUGACUUGAUGGAUGAAGCUGUAGCCAAAAACCACAGCACAACAAAGGAAGCCAUAGAAGUAGGGAACUUAGCUGGAGCAUAUCGAAUCAUCCUCACCCACUUCAGUCAGAGAUACCCCAAAAUACCUGUUUUUGAUGAGUCACACAUGCACAAAACAUGCAUAGCUUUUGACAUGAUGAGUGUUAACGUAGCAGAUUUACCAGUGGUUCCCAGAGUACUUCCAUACCUUAAAUUGCUUUUCAAAAAUGAGAUGGUAGUUGACGAAUUAGAUGAUGUCAAUGCUGUAAGUGCAUUUUCUUGAUGAUUAAUCGAAAUGUGCCGCAACUGGCCAGCUUAUUUUCCA